UCCCUCCCCUCUCCAGGGCCGCCACGCCCUUCCUGCACGCCAAUCGGCGUCUAAGAGGAAUUCUCAAGCGCGAGAGUCGCUGUCUUGCUUCCUUGAGUGGCGAGCGCUGCUUGCGGGAUGGGGAGAGGGAGGAUCAGGGGUCUGGCUGUGAGCGAUGUCCGCUUCCCCACGUCUCUGGCUCACCACGGCUCAGAUGCCAUGCAUCCAGAUCCAGACUAUUCCGCAGCCUACGUUGUAAUAGAAACGGAUGCUCCCGAUGGCUUGAAAGGUUGUGGCUUUACAUUUACGCUGGGAAAAGGCACAGAAGUGGUUAUCAGUGCAGUCCAUGCACUGUCAAUUCACAUAAUUAAUAAAGAUUUGGAUGACAUAAUCAGUGAUUUUCGAGGAUUCUACAGGCAGCUCACCAGUGAUGGGCAGCUUCGAUGGAUUGGUCCUGAGAAAGGAGCUGUACAUUUGGCCACAGCUGCCAUUUUGAAUGCUAUCUGGGACCUCUGGGCCAAACAAGAAGGAAAGCCUCUCUGGAAACUGCUGGUUGACAUGGUAAGAAAAAAAAAUAAAAAAUCAAG